AUGAGCAGGAGCAGUAUCAGGGGCAGAAGCAGGAGCAGUAGCAGUAGCUGUAGCAGUAGCAGUAGCAGUAGCAGGGGCAGUAGCAGUAUCUAUAGCAGGAGCGGGAGCAGGGGAAAUAGCAGGAGCAGUAGCAGGAACAGUAGCAGGAGCAGUAGCAGUAGCUGUAGCAGGAGUAGGAGCAGUAGCAUCAGCAGCAGCAGCUGCAGUAGCAGGAGCAGGGGCAAUAACAGGAGCAUGAGCAGGAGCAUGAGCAUGAGCAAGAGCAUGAGCAGGAGCAGGGGCAAUAGCAGGCGCAAUAGCAUGAGCAGUAGCAGGAUCAGUAACUGUAGCAGGAGCAGUAACAUGAGCAGUAGCAGGAGCAUGAGCAGUAGCAGGAGCAUGAGCAGAAGCAGGAGCAGUAGCAGGAGCAGUAGCAGGAGCUGUAGCAAGAGCUGUAUCAGGAGAAGGGGCAGGAGCAGUAACAUGAGCAGUAGCAGGAGCAUGAGCAGUAGCUGUAGCAGGAGCAGAAGCAGGAGCAGUAGCAGGAGCUGUAGCAAGAGCUAUAUCAGGAGCUGUAGCAGGAGCAGGAGCAGUAUCAGGAGAAGGGGCAGGAGCAAUAACUGUAGCAGGAGCAAGAGCUGUAGCAGGAGUUAUAGCAUGAGCAGGAGCAGUAUCAGGGGCAGGAGCAGGAGCAGUAGCAGUAGCAGGGGCAGUAGCAGUAUCUGUAGCAGGAGCAGGGGAAAUAGCAGGAGCAGGAGCAGGGGAAAUAGCAGGAGCAGUAGCAGGAACAGUAGCAGUAGCAGGAGCAGUAGCAGUAGCUGUAGCAGGAGUAGGAGCAGUAGCAUCAGCAGUAGCAGCUGCAGUAGCAGGAGCAAUAACAGGAGCAUGAGCAGGAGCAAGAGCAUGAGCAGGAGCAGGGGCAAUAGCAGGAGCAAUAGCAUGAGCAGUAGCAGGAUCAGUAACUGUAGCAGGAGCAGUAACAUGAGCAGUAGCAGGAGCAUGAGCAGUAGCUGUAGCAGGAGCAGAAGCAGUAGCAGUAGCAGGAGCUGUAGCAAGAGCUGUAUCAGGAGAAGGGGCAGGAGCAGUAACAUGAGCAGUAGCAGGAGCAUGAGCAGUAGCUGUAGCAGGAGCAGAGGCAGGAGCAGUAGCAGGAGCUGUAGCAAGAGCUAUAUCAGGAGUUGUAGCAGGAGCAGUAUCAGAAGAAGGGGCGGAGCAAUAACUGUAGCAGGAGCAAGAGCUGAGCAUGAGCAGGAGCAUGAGCAUGAGCAAGAGCAUGAGCAGGAGCAGGAGCAGGGGAGGAGCAGUAUCAUGAGCAGGAGCAGGAGCAAUAGCAGGAGCAGAGCAGAAAGAGGUAGCAGGGACAUGAGCAGGAGCAGUAACAGGAGCAGUGGCAGUAGUAGAAGCAGAAGCAAUAGCAGGAGCAAUACCAGGAGCAGUAAAAGGACCUGUAACAGAAGUAGGAGCACUAGCAAUAGUAGAAGCAGGGGCAUUACAGGAGCAGGAGCUGUAUCAGGGGCAGGAGUAGGAGCAGUAGCUGUAGCAGUAGCAGGAGCAGGGGCAGGAGCAGUAGCUGUAGCAGGAGUAGGAGCAGGGGAAAUAGCAGGAGCAGUAGCAGGAACAGUAGCAGUAGCAGGAGCAGUAACAGGAGCAGGAGCAGGGAAAAGGAGCAGUAGCAGCAGCAGCAGCAGCACCUGCAGUAGCAGGAGCAGGGGCAAAAACAGGAGCCAUAGCAUGAGCAGGAACAGGAGCAGCAGGAGCAAUAGCAUGAACAGGGGCAGGAGCAGGAGCAGUGACAGGAGCUGA